CUCAACAGAAGCAUUCUACACUUCCUCUCUCUACCUCUUUCUGUAUCCACACCCUCUAUCUACUUCUGUAUAUGUAGAGAGAGAGAGAGAGAGAGAAAAGCAUUUGAGAAAGGAGUAAAGCAAAAACCAUUGAGGACAGGCAUGAGUGUAGGGUUUACUUAAAACUGAAAAAAACCCAAACGCUCUCCUCUUUAAAAAAAUUGAGAUGUUUUCUGUUAAUCUAAUGACUUGUAGGUAGCCGAAGAAACUCGAAAUGCGGGUUCGGAUAUGACCGGGAAUCUGACGAUCCAGCCGAGGGAGUGGAGAUCUCUGCAUUGAUAUUCACAAGCCAAGGGAGAGGGAAAUGGAACCUGGCACUCCUCUUGAUUAUGCAUUAUUCCAACUAUCACCGAAGCGCACACGAUGUGAAUUGUUUGUUAGUACAGAUGGAAAGACUGAGAAACUGGCUUCAGGAUUAUUGAAGCCAUUUGUGACACAUCUAAAAGUUGCAGAACAAGUUGCCUCAGGAGCACAGUCUAUUAAGCUUGAUGCUGGAGGAUGUAAAGAUGCUCACUUGUGGUUCAGGAAGGGGACACUUGAAAGGUUUGUACGGUUUGUUAGUACACCAGAGGUUUUGGAGCUUGUCAAUAACUUCGAUGUUGAAAUGUCUCAACUUGAAUCGGCUAGGAAAAUAUAUUCACAGGGAAUGAGUGAUGAUCUUUCUGGUUCGGGUGAGAGUGGGUCUGGAGUCACUGCCGCAGCUGAUGCAACAAAGAAGGAGCUACUGCGAGCCAUCGAUGUUCGGCUUACUGCAGUUCAACAAGACUUAGUAACAGCUUGCUCUCGUGCAGCCUCUGCCGGUUUCAACCUAGACACAGUUUCAGAGCUUAAAAUGUUUGCAGAUCAGUUUGGUGCAGGCCGAUUAAACGAAGCUUGCACAAAGUUUAUAGCGUCGUGCGAGAGACGGCCGGAGAUAAUGAGGCAAUGGCAAGCGGGAGCGGACGACCUGGUGGUACGAACCUCAUACGGUUCAGACAUGUCCAUCGACGACGAACCGAUUACGCCACCAAACCAACUAACCGCCGGGUCCCACCCCAGCCGCCGAGAUUCCAACUCCACUCAACAACAACGUCCUCGCCAACCGGACCAAUCCAACACUUCAACUUCUCAGCAGCCGCAGCAGCCUAGAUCUUCAUCUUCAUCCGACGCUCUCUCUCUGCGACGAAGCAGAGAGUCCAGCGUCGACCCGGAGGAGAAUAGUGCACAGUCCGAGCCAACUCCGGCGAGUCAGCCCAUGAGGCGGCUCAGCGUUCAGGACCGCAUCAACAUGUUCGAGAGCAAGCAGAAGGAGAAUGUGGGGAGUGGGGCCAAGGCAGCCGCCGCAAAACCUGAGAUCCGGAGACUGUCGUCCGAUGUCUCCGCGGCGGCCCCGGCGGUGUUAAGGAGAUGGAGUGGUGCAAGCGACAUGAGCAUUGAUUUGAGUUUCGAAAAGAGGGAUGGUGACACUCCUCUAUGCACUCCAUCAAGCCAGGUUUCACGAUCAGGUUUCACUGAUACAGCAUCAAGUUCAAGUAAGCCGGAGUUCGUGAGUGUCCCACCUCGAGUUAAGGAAGAGGCAGUUGGGUCAGAUCCGUUUACCCUUUCUAACAAUUCUAAAUCCACUAAUUCAAAGUUGCCCAGCUCCGUUGAAACUGAUGGUUUGAAGGGUCAGACUUGGCCUAAUUUAAUUGCAACCCAGUCAGAGGAUAACAGUUUGAAAGAAAAAACAGAAUCAGAAGGGUCUUGGGAUAAAACCAAUAAAGCUUCUUUGGCUACCUGGGCAAAGUUCAAGACUACUCAGAGCAGUGAUGAACCUAUUGGGACUAAAGCGAGGACAGUUCAUCAGACGCAGACUGCUUCACUGAAGGAUGACAACUCUUUGCAAGAGCAGUUCGGGUCAUCUGAUAAUUUAGGUGAUCAGUUUGGGUCUAAGGCUACUCAAAGGACUAGCGGGAAUUAUGGGUGGUCAGAAAGUGGUUCUGUAGCAAGAGGUAAAGAUACUUGGGCUCCUCACAAGAAAGGAAUUGAAGGUGAUUCUUCAAUUCAGGGAAUCAAGAAGAACGAGGUGGCUGCCUCAUCUGAGAAAGUGGAUGGUAGUUUAAUGAGGUUUAAGAAUCAAGCAGUAGGUGCGGAAGUGAUUAAAAGGCCACAAGAUCUCAUGAAACAGGCUACUUCUGUUUCUGAGAAUAAGGAAACGGUUUUCUCUGUCAAAAGGGUAAGGGAGGCUCAGGAGGGCUUUGGUUCAUUUUCAACACCCCCAGCAGAGCUGGCUCAGAGGUCUCGCCAGUCAAAAGGGAACCAGGAACUCAAUGAUGAGUUGAAGAUGAAAGCAAAUGAACUUGAGAAACUCUUCGCUGAGCAUAAACAACGCGUUCCUGGAGAUCAGUUGAAUCCUUCUCGGAGAAAUAGGCCUGUAGAGAUACAAAACCAGCCGCAAGCAAGUUUGUUCCCUGAACCUGCUGGAAGUUCGAGUGACAUGAUCAAAUCCGAGACUACUCCCAUGAUGAGAAUUGCUGACAAUCAUGGUCAUAUUGAUGCUCUAAAUGAGAAUUUCUCUGAGUUUAGUUUAUCAGAAAGUUCUCGAGGAAAAUUCUACAAGAGGUAUAUGCAAAUAAGGGAUGCAAAAUUAAGGGAAGAAUGGAAUUCCAGGGGAGCUGAGAAGGAAGCCAGGCUGAAGGCUAUGCAGGACAGGCUUGAAAAGAGUAGAACCGAGAUGAAAGCUAAAUUUUCAGGAUCUGCAGAUAAAGAUGAUUCAAUUUCCAGUACUCGCAGACGCACAGAGAGACUCAGGUUAUACAAUAGCAGGUCAUUAAUGAAGAGAGAGAAGCAACAUUUAGAUUUUGAGCGAAGUGACAAGGAAGGUAUAACAACAGAAUUUCCUGAAUGGAAGCAGUAUGUGGAAGGAAGUAACUUCAAUGUGACACGGGAUGCAUCUUUUGAAGAUGAUGUUUCUAGGACUGCUCAAGUUAAGAAGCUUUUACCUUCUAAAAGCUCAUCUUCGUCCACUCCUCGCACCUCUGCAGUACCUGUUCCAAGGUCGGCUGUAAAAGCUUCUAAUAGCAGUCUAGGCAGGAGAAGAUUUCACUCUGAAAAUCCUCUCACACAGUCUGUCCCAAACUUCUCAGAUAUGAGAAAAGAGAAUGCAAAGCCUUCAUCUGCAGCUGGUAAAACAACACGUUUACAAUCUAGAAGCAAUUCUCAUAGCAAAAGCACUAGAGAGGAGAUAUCCAUAAAGGAAGAUAAAUCUCGACGACCACAGUCUUUGAGAAAAAGCACUGUGAAUGUGGGGGAGUUCAGAGAGACAACUGUUUUGAAUUCUGAUGAUGUUUUGACACCACUAAAAGUUCAUGAAGAGAUCCAGAAUAAACAUACCAAGAAGGUGGACUCAAAACCUUUCCACAAGAGGAAUAAGAGUACAGAUUUUAGUUCUAGAGUUGAUGUUUCAAAGCAGAAAGUUUCUAGGGCACCUGAGACCAUGAACAGUGAUGAAGAAUAUGAAGAUGCAAUCUUUGAAUCGGAGGACCCAAUGAAUGCAGUCGAAGAUGAAGAGUUUGAGAACAUGAUCACUGAGCAUAACUCUAACGUAGAAAUUGGGGAUUCUAGACUGAGUCAUGAAUCGGAGGAAUCAACAGAUUUUGGGUCAGAAAAUGGUGAUCUUGUGAGAUCAUUUGCUCAUAUUGACCCUUCUUUGGCAGCUGAAUUGCCUGCUAUUGUUCCAUCUGAACUAGAGUCUGCUGAACAUAUGGAAAAUUCACCAGCAGAAAGUCCUGUGUCCUGGAACUCUCGCUCUCAUCACCCGUUUUCUUAUCCUCAUGAGAUGCCUGAUGUUGAUGCCUCUGUGGACUCCUCAAUGGGAAGCCCUACUUCCUGGAACUCUCAUUCAUUAAGCCAAACAGAAGUUGAUGCUGCUAGAAUGAGGAAGAAAUGGGGAGCUGCUCAGAAACCCAUGCUGGUUGUCAAUUCUUCCCAAAAUCAGUCCCGCAAGGAUGUUACCCGAGGGUUUCGGAGAUUACUAAAGUUUGGAAGGAAAAAUCGUGGGAUGGAAAGCUUCGUUGACAGGAUUUCUGCAACUACUUCUGAAGGUGAUGAUGAUACAGAAGAUGGACGCGAUCCUUCCAAUCAGUCAUCAGAAGAUUUGAGGAAGUCAAGAAUGGGCUUUCCUCUAGGGCAUCCUUCUGAUGAUAAUUUCAGUGAAAAUGAGUUCUUCAGUGGACAAGUUCAAUCCUUGCAGAGUUCUAUUCCAGCACCUCCAGCUAACUUCAAGCUGACAGAGGAUCAUUUAUCCGGGAGCUCACUAAAAGCUCCGAGAUCAUUUUUUUCAUUGUCAACCUUUCGUAGCAAGGGAAGUGACUCCAAGAUUAGAUGAAUUUCUUUCUCCAAACCCGGGCAGAUUCUUGGGAUUGCCUUAAUAAUAGCACAUAAAGGUAAUAGAUAUGAUAGCAAUUGGUUGAGAGGUAGGGAGUAUACUAUCGUCUAUAUAUUAUCUAUACCUGUUGUAUAUCGCUUUGAUUUUGUGAAGUCAUGUUUGUUCUUUUGUUAUAUUUCUAGUAGUUGAUUUGGAACAUUGUGCUGUAUAGUGUUGUAAAAACACUUGUGAUUGGUGGAAUAUUAAUUCAAUUUUGGUAGUAAAAGGCAUAUUUCUUAUGCUGUCAA